AUGAGCGACUCUGAAGAUUUCUCCGAGAUCUCCUCAACAUCCGAAGAGGGCGACCGUCUGCGCAGCCUCCUGAGCCUAUGCCCGCGUUAUGUUGUCGUCCCCCCUAACCCCCCGGAUGGAAUCGCUUUUGCCCUGACGGGAAAUGCCCAAAUAUGGGACCACCUGACCGACUUGCAUUCGGGCAUCUCAAACUGCAAACCAGGCAUCUGGAAGGCGGAAGUGAAGUUGGUCGAGGGCGCAGAGUUUGGAAACUGUGAUACGGAAGCGUGCCUUCGCUGGGUUGCAGACUUGGACGAGGAGACUGAACUCGAUUUUAGUAUUUCUCUGGAUGAGUGGCAGGGCUGGGACCAGAUGCUCAAAGACAGAUUUGACGACUCCGUUGUCGAAUGGGACGAGGGCAUAGCGUGGAAGCAUGCUGGAACCUACUAUGAUGAUGGCGGGCUUUUCAACGUCAUUUCCAUGGCAUAUCUCACCCGUGAAGCCGCGCACAUGGUCAUAGAGGGACGUGAUCACGAGGAGCUCGAAAUGGACGACGACGAAUAUUCCGGCUACCUUGAGCAUGUUACACUCAACGACAGCCCCAUCGACGAGGAGGAUUCCCUCAGAAAUGCAGGCUUCACAUUUGGAGGGCUCCACUUUGGGCAAGACUCCAUCGGCGGGCCACCCGGUCUCGCUGUGGCUGAGAAAGACGGCCAAGUAGUCGCGAUUAAGCUUUUUAUGGAUCAUGAUGAGCUUGACGAGGGGACUCCCUUUGACAGCCAGCCUGGCAAGGUUGUCUUUUGA